CCAUCUUCCGCGGCGCGGAUUGAAUGAGCGCGCCGCAUUCGGGCAACCGAGGUGAUUCUCCCGCCGCCGCCACCUCCGCCAUGGCGUCUCUGCCGCCCCACGCGGGGCCCGCCACGCCGCUGUCGCCCACGCGCCUGUCUCGACUGCAGGAGAAGGAGGAGCUCCGUGAGCUCAACGACCGCCUGGCACACUACAUCGACCGUGUCCGCGCGCUGGAGCUGGAGAAUGAUAGGUUGCUGCUCCGGAUCUCCGAGAAGGAGGAGGUGACCACUCGAGAGGUGAGUGGCAUCAAGACCCUGUAUGAGUCAGAGCUGGCUGACGCCCGACGGGUACUGGAUGAGACGGCCCGUGAACGUGCCCGGCUGCAGAUUGAAAUUGGAAAGGUGCAGGCCGAGCUAGAGGAGGCCAGGAAGAGUGCCAAGAAGCGGGAAGGUGAGCUCACAGUGGCCCAGGGCCGAGUGAAGGAACUGGAAUCAUUGUUUCACCGGAGUGAGGCUGAGCUGGCCGCAGUCCUCGGUGACAAGCAGGGCCUGGAGACUGAGGUGGCAGAGCUUCGAGCGCAGCUGGCCAAGGCAGAAGAUGGUCAUGCUGUGGCCAAGAAGCAGUUGGAGAAGGAGACUCUGAUGCGUGUGGACCUGGAGAACCGAUGCCAGAGCCUGCAGGAGGAGUUGGCUUUCAGCAAGAGUGUGUUUGAGGAGGAGGUACGGGAGACCCGACGGAGGCACGAGCGGCGCUUGGUGGAGGUGGACAGCAGCCGGCAACAGGAAUAUGACUUCAAGAUGGCUCAGGCCCUGGAGGACCUGCGCAGUCAGCAUGAUGAGCAAGUGCGCCUGUACCGGCUAGAACUGGAGCAAACCUACCAGGCCAAGCUGGACAACGCCAAGCUGCUCUCGGACCAGAACGACAAGGCAGCCCAUGCAGCCCGCGAGGAGCUCAAGGAGGCCCGCAUGCGCGUGGAGUCCCUCAGCUACCAGCUCUUAGGCCUCCAAAAGCAGGCCAGUGCUGCAGAGAACCACAUCCAUGAGCUGGAGGAGGCCUUGGCUGGGGAGCGUGACAAGUUCCGCAAGAUGCUGGACGCUAAGGAGCAGGAGAUGACGGAGGUGCGUGAUGUCAUGCAGCAGCAGCUGGCAGAGUACCAGGAACUGCUGGACAUCAAGCUGGCCCUGGACAUGGAGAUAAGCGCCUACCGCAAGCUGCUGGAGGGCGAGGAGGAGAGGCUGAAGCUGUCCCCCAGCCCUUCAUCACGGAUCACCAUCUCUCGGGCCACAUCGAGCAGCAGCAGCAGCAGCGGGGUUGGCAUGUCUGUGGGCCAGGGCCGGGGCAAGCGCCGGCGGCUGGAGACUGAGGACACCCCAGGCUCACCCAGCAGUGCCUCCAGAGUGAGCAGCGGCUCCCGCCUGGCUCAGCAGUCUGUGGCCACGGGUGUUGUGAACAUCGACGAGGUGGACCCGGAGGGCAGGUUCGUGCGCCUUAAGAACUCUUCAGACAAGGACCAGUCUUUGGGGAACUGGAGGAUCAAGAGACAGGUUCUGGAGGGUGAGGACAUUGCCUACAAGUUCACACCCAAGUAUGUCCUGCGGGCCGGCCAGACGGUCACGGUGUGGGCAGCUGGCGCUGGGGCUACCCACAGCCCCCCAUCAACCCUUGUGUGGAAAAGCCAGACCAGCUGGGGCCCUGGGGAGAGCUUCCGCACUGCCCUGGUCAGUGCCGAUGGUGAGGAGGUGGCCGUGAAGGCUGCAAAGCACUCAUCUGUCCAGGGGAGGGAGAACGGAGAAGAGGAGGAAGAGGAAGAGGCAGACUUCGGUGAAGAGGACCUCUUCCACCAGCAGGGGGACCCAAGGACUACCUCAAGGGGCUGCCGACUGAUGUGAAACCUGCCCCACGGUCACCAUGGUCCCCAGAGCCCCUAAAACUACUUUUUUAUGGUCUGUUCUCACUAGUCCUUGGUCUAUUUCUCGAUGACUGUUAAGCAACCAUGAGAAUGUGGGUGGGCUCUACUGGGUUUCCGAGAUGGAGGUGCCCUCUGCCCGCGGGCCUGGGCUGGGAACCUGCAGGCUGAGGGACUUGGGCCUGGAUCUGGGGCAGGAGAAUGGCUGCUAGCUCAGGGUGGACUUGGUAUGAAACUGAUGAUUCAGUUGUUUUCUUUGAAGCCUUUCAAAUCAAAUCAAAUUCAGAAUCCAAGAGGGCUGUGGGGCUCACUCGCCUGUCAGGAUGUGGUAGCUCUUAGGACACAGGGCAGACCCUCCUCUCCUGGAGUUGAUGGCACCUGAACCCAGGGACGUUCCAGCUUUGUGCUCUGAAUCUGAAGGGUUUAUAACAGUCUCCAGCUCCAGGGCAUUCACAGGCUUCUCUGGUCCCAGAUUCUGAAAUGUUCUAGUCCCUUCUAAAGCGGAGGACCAAGAAGGAGCGAGCUCACACAUGGGACGACGCCUCCCAUCCUAAGACUGAAGGGGACAGGCAAACCGUGGGCGUUGUGCCUUCAGGAGCAAAGGCUGCAGGUUCCCAGCCAGUGACUGCUCACAUGAGUGUGGCCACACUAGCUAUGCUCCUGGCCUCUCGUGUAUGUAAACUGUGUGGCCCCUCUGUGCCCCACCCCGAUGGCAAGGCCUGGAAACUUGCUUCCCUGCAACUUAGUGCCAGGAGCCAGCCAGUUUCACCUGUCACCUCCCCACCACUGACACAUGGUAUUUUUUUAAAGAAUAUUUAUUUUUUUACAUCGGUCAGUAACACAGCUCACUGGGACGAUGCUCUGGGGGUUCAGGCCUGGAGCUGCCACAACUGGCAGCUUCCUUUACUGAGCUAGGGCAAGUUCUGUCUCCCUCCUGGCACAGCUGAUGGUAGGAAGAAUCCAGGCCUAGUCUUCCCCCAAGGCAAGAGCUCUUGGCCACAGGAUGCCACCACUGCCACCGACCUCCAGAACCCACCAGCCACCUCCUGCUUCUAGAUACCUCCGUUUUCUUUGUGACCGGCGUUGGAUCCUGGAUAGUCAUGGCUGGCUGCAGUCACUGCGCAGCCCUGCUGCCUUGCCCACAGGGCAGGUGUACUCUGCACUGGAGCUAGCUUCCUUGUAUUUGAGGAGCAGGUCUAGAGUAAUCUGCAGGUCCUCAGGGGUCUGUUUCUGGCCCUGGCUAGGCGAGAUGGUUUCCGGAGUGGCACUGCGCAAUCGCUCAGCUCUACAGAUUUGUUUCUUUUAUAAGAUGCAUGCCAAACGUGUGUUCCACCUUUUCUUUUACGCCUAUGAUUUGUAAUAUACAUUUUACAACUGGAAACUUUUGUAUACUCAAAUAAACAUUGACUUUAACUGCA